ACCUUUUUUUUUUUUACAGAUCCUUCUGCUUUGGAACUUCGCAAUUUGAUUCAGUUGCAUGGAGGAGAAUAUCAUUGCUAUUAUGAAUAUGGCACUACAACAUACGUCAUAGCGACUUCUUUGGCGAACGUAAAGGUGCAAAAAACACGCCAGAACGAAAAAUUUGUAAAGCCUGAUUGGAUUGUCGAUUGUGUUGCAGCUGGAAGGCUGUUAGAGGUGGAUAAGUAUGUUUUACUUCCUACACAGGAGAAAAGAUCAAUAGCAGCAGUGUUCAGUAAACCCCCUGAGGCUCAAGAAAGCGGCACAGAUGUCCCAAUCCUCGAUGCACGCGACCCGAAGUUUUUGGAGGAGUACUACGCAAGGUGA